AUGAAUACUUAUAAUUUUAUCCUCGAGGCUUCUUCCUUUGAGAAAGGGCUGGGGAAUAUCAAGAGAUGGUGUUUGGAAUGCCCCAAGAGCACGAAAUUAAGACUUUAUAUGCCUACUUUCACUUUGAAUGAAUUGGAUUUCUUAAGAUACAAACGGAAGAGUUUUGUGGCUCGUGAGUCUUUGAAAUUCAUCGAUAGUAUUGAUCAUAGGACGGAAAACCCUGAGAUUAUUAUUGAGUUCCCAGAAAUUUUGGAUAUUAUUUCAUGGUCAGAAGUGCUGGAUUUUGUUAGUGAAAACCCCGGGGAUGUCGAUACAUUGAACAGGUUACCUAGAAGACUGAAGAAUUUGAUCAAGAGUUGUCUGUACAAGUGCCAAUUUGACGACGGUAUGGAUGGCUUGAGAUGGAUUUUGAUCACUGAGGAUCCUCAAGUGAGAAGUCUUGCUAACAUUUGCAGAAUUCCGUGGUGUUCCUUAGUUGACGCAGAUUCUGCCUUGACUAAAGAGAUGAACGUUAAGCAGUACAAGGAAAGCGAAAGAUUCAAUGAGCUUAUGGUCAAGAAUGGUAUUAAAGAAGAGACAAGCCAAUAUGGCCAAAGGGUGGUUAAAACCACUUUCGAGAGUACCGUUUAUGCACCCAGAGGGCGCGGUGAGCUUUGGUCUCCAUGA